GUGUGAUGAGUUCUUUUCCUGUGGCUGUAGAGUGAGAGGUGCGGAGAGGAUUCAGCUCUCCGGUGCAAUCCGGCUCCAUCCACCUGUUAGGUUAUUAUAAAAGUUGGGUAAAAUGACGGAGCAGAUGACACUGAGAGGCACACUGAAGGGCCACAGCGGAUGGGUCACUCAGAUCGCCACCACGCCGCAGUUUCCCGACAUGAUCCUGUCCGGUUCCCGGGACAAGACCGUCAUCAUGUGGAAGCUGACCCGAGAUGAGACGAACUAUGGCAUCCCCCAGCGCGCUCUGAGGGGACACUCGCACUUCGUGAGCGACGUCGUGAUCUCCUCCGAUGGCCAGUUUGCUCUGUCCGGCUCGUGGGACGGCACUCUGCGCCUCUGGGACCUGACAACUGGCACGACGACUCGCCGCUUUGUCGGCCACACCAAAGAUGUCCUGAGCGUGGCUUUCUCUGCUGAUAACCGUCAGAUCGUGUCUGGCUCCAGGGAUAAAACCAUCAAGCUGUGGAACACCCUGGGAGUGUGCAAGUACACCAUCCAGGAUGAAAGCCACACGGAGUGGGUGUCCUGCGUGCGAUUCUCCCCAAACAGCAGCAACCCCAUCAUCGUGUCCUGCGGCUGGGACAAGAUGGUCAAGGUGUGGAAUCUCGCCAACUGCAAGCUGAAGACGAACCACAUCGGCCACACGGGUUACCUGAACACCGUCACCGUGUCUCCCGACGGCUCACUCUGCGCAUCCGGAGGAAAGGACGGACAGGCCAUGCUGUGGGAUCUGAACGAGGGGAAGCACUUGUACACUCUGGAUGGAGGAGACAUGAUCAACGCCCUCUGCUUCAGCCCCAACCGCUACUGGCUCUGUGCUGCCACCGGCCCCAGCAUCAAGAUCUGGGACCUCGAAGGGAAGAUCAUCGUCGAUGAACUAAGACAGGAGGUGAUCACCAACAGCAAGGCUGAGCCCCCACAGUGCACUGCUCUGGCCUGGUCUGCUGAUGGACAGACGCUCUUUGCUGGCUACACUGACAAUCUGAUCAGAGUGUGGCAGGUCACCAUUGGAACGCGAUAGAAGGAUUUUCUAAAGUUUGAAUUUUGAAUUAAAAAAAAAAAAUUUUUAAAAACA